CAAGACUGCCGUCGCGAAAUCCCUGAUCAAGAACAUGAAGCUCCUUCCCCGCUUCACAGCUGCGUCCUGCUUCACGCCCCCAGGUGAAGGACUCACAUGAAUCAGCCAUGCAUAUCACUGAAGACACCGUUUCGAGGAGGCUUGGGGCCACUAACAAAACAUGUUUGUAUUUCAUCAUCGCUACCCUUGUUGCUUUACUCGUCUUUGCAUUAGCCACCAUCAUGGUCUUAGUCUUUCAGAAGACGGCAGCUGAUCCUGCCACAGAGGGCGUUGCAAAACCUAUCAGGACAGGGAACACCUCCGAAGACUAUUUAAGAAUCCUACAGAAUGUCCCGAUCAAGACAGCCGUCGCGUACAUGAGAGUGUCACGUCCAGUAAACAGUUCAAAACUGAGCUUGGUCGAGAAGGGUAUUUGUGAAGACAUCCAGUGCAAGAAUGAAGAGCUGGUGAUAGAGAAACAAGGUCUCUACUUGAUCUACUGCCACUUGAAUUUUUACUUUGCCAACUGCUCAAACAAGCCCACAGACCUGAAGAUAGAGCUCCUUGUGAAUGACAAAAUCAACAGGCAAACGUUAUCCACAUGGUGCGCAUCAGACACGUGCCGAGAAAAGACUUUUAAGACCUUGUUCCAGCUCCAUUUGACACACCUAAACAAGAAGGAUCGGAUAUCAGUAAGACUUAAUCAGCCUAAAUUCUUGAAUGUAGUUUUCCUUCCCAAUGAAAAUGUUCUCGGGGUCUUGAGGUACAGUGACAAAAUGUGAGUGGCUCUCUGCCUUCCCGCGGCUGCCCAGACUAUCUUU